AAGCAUACAACGUGUAUUUUAACAUUUGCUGAUACGUUGACUCGUUACCUUCGUGAUGAGCGUGAGGUAUGCACAUAUACCAGGUUGAUGUGUGGUCGACACGCCUAGUGGAAACGUACCAUCACCGCUUUGGGGGAGAGACGGAAUAUCACUGUACGUAGCUGGAACAUCCUGAAGUUAGGAAUUACUUGUUGCUUCCGAGGUUCACUGAGAACUUUCCUUGACGUCACGGUUUUGUGCAAAACAUGAAUUCUAGAGAUGGAAGGAGAGACGGGCGAAGAUCAGUAUCCUCGUCGGGCCGAGCUCGACGCGGAAACGUUGCAAAGGGUAACGUGGGACGUACUGCGCCAAUCGGAUCGUUAGUCAUAUCGCAGGACGGGAGAAGUAAAUUCUACCCCGACGGUGGCCGCGAAAGGCCACCUAUUCGCGGCCCUGCCCGGGCACCCUCAACUGUCGGUCGUAAAACGGACGAUGUUACAUACGUUGAUUCUAAGCUGCCAUUUGGAACCCAGGCUGUUUAUUAUAACACCAGCUUUGGAAAACCUGCAGACAUUGACACAUCCAAUGUGCCCAUGCGUACGCCUUUGGAUGAUGACGAAGAUAACGUAAGUGAUACUGGCGUCGAACCUCCUAUGAAUCCUGCACAGGCAUUUAUGAGAUCAUUCAUUAUCUUCGGUGGCUUGGCAAUUGUGGUAAUCAUCGUCGUUGCCUUGGCAAUUGUCCUCCCCAUUGCACUCACAGGAGCCACUUCAAGGGCAACUCUGACAGGAACAGUCGAACUCAAUUCCACAUUUAUCGCUGCCUAUGAUGACGUCACUUCAACCCAAUACGCCAACCUCGUUAACAGCUUUAACACCAUAAUGAACGGCAUUUUUCAAAAUAACUCCACAUAUUCCAGCGAUUUUCGAGAAACAGAAGUCACUGAUCUCACGUCAGGUGCGUCUUCUGUGAGGACAAGAGUACUGUUUUCACUGCACUUCCAGUCUGGAACAGAAUUUAACUCUCUCUUCAGAAACAAUGUUUAUAACUUCCUGUACCAGCGUGUCAUCGAACCAGCUACACCUUUCGCUUCAUUGAACCUGGUUCCAGACAGCCUUGUGAUAACUGAGAGUUGCGGUUUGUUUUGCUUCAACGGUGGAACUCUAAGUAUUCUUAACUGCGAAUGCCAAUGCAUGUCUGGAUUUAGUGGUGCGAGAUGUGAGAGCUCGGUGUAAUGGACAAGAACUGAACUUCAUUGUGAAUAUUCAUAACCCACCUCUUUCAAGAUGAGCAAAGGAAUUCAUUAAGCAAAUCCCUGCUUCUGGGAAAUGUCUGUGUUGGGUUAUUUUGCUCUUCCAUGGCGUACAUCAGAGUUGUCCAAAAGCUUCUGGAAGAAAUCAGAAGCUUGCUUAAGCAUUUUGUGGAAAAGUCCAACGACUCGACUGUAAUACUUUGUCCUCCCAUUUUUUGUCAAACAUUACAUCUUCAUUUAAAAACCCUUUGGUUCAGUGUCCACCCUGUGCCCAAGCAGCUUGAAAAGAGCCACAGGUCGAGUUCGGGCGGCCUAGGCCUGUUCUUGACACGGAUUUCCACAACCCAAGAACA